AUGGCUGCGUCCCCCGGAGGGAUCCCCGCGGAGCUGCAAGAGGGCAUCAACACCUUCCUGGGGACAAAGAAGGUGCUCCUGGUGCUGAGUGUCCAGCUGCAGGUGAAGUCCAAGUAUGACGACUUCGUCUUGGUGCUGACGCCCUGGAGAGCGUACGUGCUGCCGGUGGUGCUGCCGGUGAGGGUUCACAGCAGCUUCAGCUUCCUGGAGGUGAGGGAGAUGACAGUCCAAGAGCCCAGUGUGGCAUCUCUCAUCCUUUGGACCCCGCAGGUUGUCAUAGAAACAGAUGCAGCAUCUUACGCCUUCCGGUUCAUGUCCCUGGAUGAUUUGGAGCAAGUUGUUAUCCAUGUCACCAUGUCACUUAAGAAGGUCUUUCCAGACUCAUCCCUUGGGACACUGCUCAAGAACUCCCCUCCCAGCCUGUAUGAGAGGAUCCAGCAGAUCCUGGACUCGCUGGAGGAAAUGCUGCAGAGCAGCCCUGGGCCCUGUGGGGGUUUUUCGGAGACCUACGCUGCGCUGUGCGACUACAACGGCUUCGCCUUCCGCGAGGAGAUCCAGUGGGACGUGGACAACAUUUACCACAGCCAGGACUGCCGGGAGUUCAACCUGCUGGACUUCAGCCACCUGGAGAGCCGGGAUGUGGCGCUGAGUGUCGCUGCCUUGUCCUUCAACCUGUGGUUCACCAAGCUCUCCUGCAAGGACUUCAGGCUGAACCAGGAGAUUUCGGAGCAGCUGCUCUACAUGCUCAGCAAAUCGGUGACGCUGGAGGAGCUGGUGCUGGAAAACAGUGGGUUGAAAGCCGACUUUGUGCAGAGGAUGGCCCAGGCUCUCAGCAGCCACCCCGACUCUGUCCUGCACACCAUCAACCUCUCUGGCAACCAGCUGGAAGACAGAGGGAUUGCUGCCUUCAGCCGGCACCUGGAGAAGAGUUCCAAGGGUCUGCAGAGCCUCAGCUUGGCCAGGACGAUGCUCACAGCCAAAGGAAUGAGCACGUUGUGCAAGGCCCUGGCAGAUAACAAAGCCAUUGGAUUGUCCCUCCGGCACUUGGACCUCUCUGGAAACCCCGGCACCCUGGCUGGGGAUGACAUCAGCAACCUGCAGAGCCUCCUCCGCCAGUGCCACUCCCUCUCCCACCUCAGCCUGGCUGGCACGGACUGCCCUUUGGAUGCUCUCUUUGGAGCCCUGGUCCACGGGUGCCACAACAGCCUCAUCCACCUGGAUCUCUCCAAAAACCUGUACUCCCACAGGAGGGUGAAAACCAUCUCCCCUGACAUCAAGGAGUUUUUCAGCCAGGCCUGUGCCCUCAGGCACGUCUCCCUGGCAGGGACCAAGCUGCCUGCGGACGUGGUGAGGGCUUUGCUGCAAGGGCUGGCAGACAACAGCCACAUCAGUGACCUGCACCUGGACCUUAGCAGCUGUGAGCUGAGAUCAGCUGGGGCCCAGGUCAUCCAGGAUCUCAUCCCUGAUGCCAGCUCCAUCAGCAGCCUGGACUUGUCUGACAAUGGCUUUGACCCUGACAUGGUGACCCUGGUGCUCUCUAUUGGCAGGAGCAAGUCCAUCAGGCACGUCUCUCUGGGGAAGAACUUCAACAUCAAAUCCAAGGAAGGACUGUUGGAUGUCCUGCACCGCAUCGUCCAGCUCACCCAGGAGGAGGACUGUCCUCUCCAGUCGCUCUCUGUGGCUGAAUCGCGCCUCAAACUGGGGACCAACGUGCUGCUGAGCGCCCUGGGCAGCAACACCAGCCUCACCGCCCUGGACAUCAGCGGCAACGCCAUGGGGGACACGGGGGCCAAGAUGCUCGCCAAGGCCCUGCAGAUCAACACCAGGCUCAGGACCGUGGUGUGGGACAGGAACAACACCACUGCCCACGGGCUCCUGGAGGUGGCUCAAGCUUUGGAGAGGAAUUACACCCUCAAGUCGAUGCCGCUGCCGAUGAGCGACGUGGCGCAGGCCUAUCGCAGCCACCCCGAGAGAACGGAGCAGGCUGUGCACAAGCUCCAGUCCUGCCUGACCAGGAACCAGCUGCGGCAGACGCUGCCGGCCCAGACCUUCCGGCUGCAGCAGGGCAUCCUCACCACCUCCUCUGAACAGAUGGUGAAUGAGAUCUGCCUGAGCGUGCAGAAGCACGUCGACAUCCUCAGCACCUGCCGGGGCAGGGAGGUGGAGGCGGACAUCGCCUGUGCGGAGGAGGCCAUCAGGAACGCCAACCUGUCCGUCAGCAUCCUACCCCUCCUGUAUGAAGCUGGAAACACCCCAUACCAGAACGGCAAACUGCAGCACAAGCUGGAGUGUCUCACGGAGGAAGCGUCGCAGACCUGCGGCCGGGAGAUCCAGGCCAUCAUGCAGGCGGUGCUGGACACGGCACACAGCCUGUGCCCGGCCGUGGUGCAGAAGAGCGGGGUCAGGGAUCAGCUGGUCAAUGCCAUGUCAGAGGGGAUCUGCCUCCAGGACCACCUCAGCCUCAGUGCUGUCCUGGACCAGAUGGUCACCGAUGUCUUCAGCAAGCUGAAUGAAAUCAAGCUGUCCAUCACAGCUGCUGCAGCCGACUGCAUCGUGGAUGCUGUGCUGGGAGACCUGACCAUCGCCCAGUGCAAACUGGCAGAGAGCCUCUCCAAGCAGGGGCUCGACCUCCUGGUGCUGCUGCCGGAGUCGGCUGAGGACGAUGCCGCCGCGCUGGCGAGGGGCAAGAAUCCUCUGGACCUCGCCGCAGAGGAGUACAAGAUGGCCCUGCGGAGGAAAAACAAGCAUUUCAGGAGCAUUCGGCCCACGCCAAGCGUGAGAAGUGUCUCGGAGCUGGAGCCGGCGGCGGGUCGAGACGCCAGCGGGCUCCGAGCUCACCGGGCGCCGCCGUCACUCAGCCCCGCCGCGCCGCCGGCACGCCCUGCCUCCACAAAGGAUGCUGAGCCUGCGAGCGGCUCGCUCCCCGCCACGCAGCCUGCCACCGCCACCGGAAUCCUUAUGGACCUGCCGACCGCCGGCGAGAAGCUGGAGCAUUGCACCAAAGCCAGGCCCCGGCCCAACCGCCGGCACAAGCAGCCGCCCAGCAAGCCCAAUGUGCAGCCCGUGGCCUGCGAGAACAGCGAGGACAGGAGCAUCACCCGCGUGGACGAGGGGCUGGAGGACUUCUUUGCCAAGAGGCUCAUCACAGAAGCACUGCCCCCUGCGGCUCCGGAGACCUGCCCAGGAUCAGCCCCUCUGGCUCCCUCCGGCUCCCGCACCCUCAAGAAGAAAAUCGGGAAUUUUUUUGCCUUCAAGAAACCCAAAUCCAGCCGGGGCUCAAGGUGUGAGAAGGAGCCCGAGGGUGGCCCCGCUGCCCCCAGGAGCAGGCGCUCAAUGCUCAGUGACAUUUUACGAGCCCCCAGCAAGGCGGGCGAGGCGGGGAAGCCCCUGAGUAAAUCAGAGGAGGGGGGACUCGCCGAGCCCCAGGGAGAGCCCGAGCACUGCCAGACCCCCGACUCCGCCCGAAGGAUCCGGCCCAAGUACUCUCGGGAGGGCAAAUCCCAGUCACUCAUCUUGCUGUCGGGGGAGGACGAGGAUGCGCUGGGGGUCAGGCAUGACAAGAAGAGGCACCUGGAGAAGAGCGAGGGGGAGCUGUCCAGCUCCUUCGAGCAGCGCGUGCAGGUCAUGCUCCACCGCAUCGGCGUCACCAAGGGCCCGGCUGCUGAGAGCAAGAAGCUGCAGAACAAAGACAGCGAGAUCAAGAAAGCCGGCUCAGACGGGGACAUCGUGGACAGCUCUGCGGACUCCCCCCCAUCUCUGAAGGCCCGCACACACUCCGUGUCCACAGCCCCUGGGCUGGCUGCAGGCUGGUUCCCAGCACCAGCCUACACUUCUGGACACUCACAGCUCCCUCCUGCCUGCCCCACAGACGCACCCUUCCGCAGCCCGGCCGCUGCGAUGGAGCCCAGCGCCGAGCCCCGGCCAGCCUGGAAAGCCCUGGGGAGGCAGCUGCCGGCUGAGCCGCUGGGCACCAGCUCCGACCAGCCCCGGCACUCCUUCAUCCUGCCCGAGCCCAGCGGGCUGCUGGAGCGGGGCCGGGAGGGCUGGAGCAGCAGCCUGCCACGGCUGGGCAGGAGCGUGCCGGCGGCGCUGCCGCGGAGGGUCAGCCACGGUGGGGAGGUGGGUGCUGGCAGCCCCCUGCCCACCCUGCCUGCACCGCCCGACACUGAAGACAACCGGCUGAUGGCACGGCUGGCAGCGCCACGGGGGACCGGCCGCCGAGCUCUGUCCGUCCACGAGGAGCAGCUCAGGGACCCCGAGUGCCCGGCAGAGCUGGGAAUGGGCACCGUUCCCCUGCGCCUGCGGCGGUCGCCUGUGCUCAGGCACAGGGCCAAGCACGAGUCCCUCUCAGAGAUGGAGGGGGAGCCCGGACCGUCCUCGGAUGCUGAAGGUGCCACGCCGCAGGACUGGCCCUGUGCCGGGCCGGAGGAGCCGCAGGCUGGCACAGGCACUGACGGUGAGCGGCCACAAGCCCUGGCACAAACUGUUGGGAAUGCACAAGACUCAGCUGCCGUAGACCAAAGACGCCCGGUGCCGGGCCGGGAGGAGCCGGCCCUGGGACAGUGAAGCCCCUGCAUGACACCACACUGUUCCCGAUAAAACCCUGCAAGCAAGUGCACGGUGCCGGGGUGCUUGGCAGCUGGGGUGCGGAGAGACGGGGCACCGGGCUGGCGUGGAUGUGCCAACGAUGGCAUCGCCCAACUUGUGCCACGGGGACGAGCCAGCCCAGCAUCACCCAGGAUGCCCAGGGACCGUGCCAGAGCCUGCAGGAUGCACCGAGCAGUGUCGUGGGCUGCAGAGCGGGGGGAGAGCCGGUGAUUUUCGGCAGCCAGCUAUUUUUAGGAAGUGUUCCCAAGGCGCUUUCACCACUCCAGCUCCUCGCCCCAUGGGGUACCGCUCUCUCCAGCCCCCGCAAGAGGCUUCCAUCAGCGGGACCACGACCCCCAGCAUUCCAGCACGCAGCUCCAGCCCUGCAGCUCCCCGACGGCACCAGCGCCAUCCCGACACCCCAGUGGCUUUCUCCUGUGUCGCCCUUCGCUCCGGACCAAACGCGUUCCUUACACAGAUGUUUACGACAAAGCAAGAUGCUUGUUUUGGUUUUAUUUCUUUUUUUUUUUCCUUUUUUUUUUUUUUUUUUUUUUUUUAAUACAAGAGCCGUGUAU